AGGAAAACUUAGGACAAAGCGUUGGCCUCUGUGUUGUUUUCUUGGUGGGCUGAUAAUAAGAAGGAAGCUGUACGAGCGGGACUUUUCUGGUGUUUUGAUGAUUCAUUUCGUCAUGGAGGAAGUAAGUUCCAGAGAAUUCACGGGACCCUACGUACCCCAUAAAGAAAUUUUCGCGCAGACGUCUCCCAGAAGUCCAUUGAGUACUCACAGUCCCGAGACUGACUCUAUUGAUCUAGCCAUAGAAGGAGCUGUUGACACCUCCAUUGAGGAACUUUAUAAUAAUGUCUGCGAGAUGCAGAGCUCCGACCAAUCGCCAUCAAGGCUCAGCUAUUUAUCAUAUGGCGAGGAAUCAAGAAUCGAUUCCGAAUUGAGGUAUCUUGCUGGAGGAGAUUAUGGAGAGGCGGAGAUCACAAAAGAGAAGAACGAAGCAGGGGAAAAUAGUUCUGAGGAACUCAAAGGAUUUAAAGAUGACACAACUGACCAGCCCUUUUCUUCAGGACAAGCCAAAAACUCCGACACACCUAAGAAAGCAGGCUUAAAGAGCAAAUCUUUUAAUGGCAUCCCUCGUGCUGGCACUGGCAGACGUAGUUUGAAGAGUUCAAAGAAGCCAAACGCAAUGUCCCCAGCCAAGAUUGAAAGGAAUUCCCCUUUAGCUGGAGUCAAAAAGCAGAACGGAGCUGAGGAUUCAUCUGAGGCAGCAUACCUUGGGCCAUAUGUACUUAAACAGGCCAGGGAUUUGAUUGCAUCCGGGGAUAAUCUUCAUAAAGCUCUUGAAUUGGCUUUACGAGCCAUGAAUCUGUUGGAGACAUCUGCGAGUGGAAAGCCUAAUUUGGAAUUCGUGAUGUGCUUGCAUGUUGUUGCAGCACUGUACUGCAGAUUAGGCAGAUACAGUGAUGCAGUUCCUCUCCUUGAGAAGUCAAUUGAAAUACCCGUCAUGGACUUGGGCCAAAACCACUCGCUUGCUAAAUUCGCAGGAUGCAUGCAACUCGGUGAUACAUAUGCAAUGACGGGCCAGAUUGAGAACUCGAUUCUUUUCUACGCUGCAGGUUUGGAGAUCCAGAGACAGGUUCUUGGCGAUAAAGAUCCUAGAUUUGGUGAGACUUGCAGGUAUGUAGCUGAAGCCCAUGUUCAAGCUAUGCAAUUUGAUGAGGCUGAGAAGCUUUGUCAGAUGGCCCUGGAAAUCCAUAGGGAGAACAUCUCACCUGCUUCUCCUGAAGAAGCAGCUGAUAGGAGACUUUUAGGCCUUAUUUGUGACUCCAAGAGGGAUCACGAAGCUGCUCUUGAGCAUUACGUUUUAGCAAGCAUGGCCAUGGCUGCAAAUGGCCAGGAAGCAGAUGUAGCUGCCAUAGACUGCAACAUUGGUGAUGCAUAUUUGUCGCUGGUGCGGUAUGAUGAGGCCAUUUUUUCUUAUCAGAAAGCACUAACUAUUUUCAAGUCAACCAAAGGAGAUAACCAUCCAUCAGUUGCUUCGGUCUACGUCCGUUUGGCUGAUUUGCACAAUAAGAUAGGAAAAUUCAGCGAAUGCAGAUCUUAUUGUGAAAAUGCAUUGCGUAUUUUCAAUAAGCCAAUCCCUGGUUCUUCCCCUGAAGAAAUUGCGAGUGGCCUGGUUGAUGUUUCUGCUAUUUAUGAAUCCAUGAGUGAAACUGACCAGGCACUUAAGUUACUCCAAACGGCCAUCAAAGUGUACGGGAAUGCACCAGGCCAACAAAGCACAAUUGCGGGUAUUGAAGCCCAGAUAGGGGUUUUGUACUAUAUCCUGGGGAGUUAUUCUGACUCUUACAACUCCUUAAAGAACGCAAUUACCAAAUUUCGUGCUGUUGGAGAGAAGAAAAAUGCACUUUUUGGUGUGGCUCUGAACCAAAUGGGACUUGCAUGCGUGCAACUCUAUGCAAUAAAUGAAGCUGCAGAAUUGUUUGAAGAAGCAAGGAGCAUCUUGGAGGCUGAAUGCGGGCCGUAUCAUGCUGACACAUUGGGGGUCUACAGCAAUCUUGCGGGUACUUAUGAUGCCAUGGGCAGGACCGUUGAUGCAAUUGAGAUAUUGGAGUAUGUAGUUGGGUUGAGAGAGGAGAGGCUUGGGACAGCAAAUCCAGAUGUAAUUGAUGAGAAGCGGAGGCUGGCCGAGUUAUUGAGAGAGGCAGGGAAAGUGAGGAACAAGGAAUCAAGGUCGCUGGAAACCCUCCUUGAUAAACACGGCAGCAUUAUUACAAAACCCGAGAUUACGGUAUUGUGAGCUCGCCAUUUUGGUUGUGUGUGUAUUCCUGUGUUUUGAUGUGAAGUCUUUCUUGGAGGGUAAAGAGAAGAGAAGCGUUUUUUUCUUUUUUUUUUUUUUGGGUUAAGAAGAGGGGAGGGAGAAGAUAAAUAGGUCUUGGAAUGCUUUUCUUCUUUUUAGUCAGUUUGUGUAAAUUUGAGAAGAAAAAUUUAAGGAAUAAGAUAAAAUGACAGUGAUGGAAAAUUGGGGAAGUGGAAUGUAAACGUUGCUUUGUACUAGUAUUCAUUUUUUGAGCAGUUGUUGAGA